UGCCUGGAAGAUCAUGAACUGGUUGUUCCUGUGCAGGCCUACAUGUCUCCGGAGAGCAAGUUUCUCUUCAGGAAGAACUACGCCAAGUACGAGUUCUUCAGAAACCCACUGAACUUCUUUCCAGAGCAGAUGGUAGCGUGGUGUCAGGAAACGAAUGGCUCUAUCCCACAGUCACAGCUCUUACAGAAUUUCUUGAAUUCCAGCAGCUGUCCAGAGAUCCAGGGCUUCCUUUAUAUGAAAGAGAUGGGCCGCAAGUCCUGGAAGAAGCUCUACAUGUUCUUGCGCCGUUCUGGGCUGUACUACUCUACUAAAGGAAUGUCUAAGGAGCCAAGGCACCUGCAGUUACUGUCGGACUUAGAGGAGAGCAAUGUUUUCACUGUGACGACAGGCAGAAAGAUGCACAACGCGCCCACAGACUACCAAUUCUGCAUUAAGCCCAGUAAGGGCAGGACAGAACAGAAGGUGUUGAAGAUGCUGUGUGCCGAGGACGAGCAGAGCCGUACGUGCUGGAUGACUGCUUUCAGACUGCUCAAG